GCUGCUGGGACCCGCUGGAAGGGAUACAGGCUACUCCAGAAUAGCAGCAGCAGCUGGUGGAGAAAUGGAGGUGCAGUCCUAUUAUGCCAAGCUCUUGGGAGAGCUGAAUGAACAGCGAAAGAGGGACUUUUUCUGUGACUGCAGCAUCAUUGUGGAAGGGCGGAUCUUCAAGGCCCACAGGAACAUUUUGUUUGCCAACAGUGGCUACUUCCGAGCCCUACUCAUUCACUAUAUCCAGGACAGCGGGCGGCACAGCACCGCCUCCUUGGACAUUGUCACCUCCGAUGCCUUUUCCAUCAUCUUAGAUUUCCUCUAUUCCGGGAAGUUGGAUUUGUGUGGGGAGAAUGUGAUUGAAGUUAUGUCAGCCGCCAGCUACCUGCAGAUGAAUGACGUGGUGAACUUCUGCAAGACAUACAUCAGGUCAUCCCUGGAUAUCUGCCGGAAGAUGGAGAAGGAGGCUGCCAUGGCUGCAGCGGUGGCAGCGGCGGCAGCGGCGGCUGCAGCAGCAGUUCAUCAGGUUGACAGUGGAAGCUCCAGUUCUAGCAAGGAGGGGACCUCCUGUGAUACCAAGAGCUUGGUCUCCUGUCCCGCUGAGGAAGAAGAGCGUGUGGAUUGUCCAAGAGAGUCCCCUUGCGGGGACUGCAGAGGCUGCCACCCCCUGGAACUGCUGGUGAAAGACAGCCAGGGCAGUGGCUCAGCGGACAGUGACCUCUCCACUCUGCCCAAACAGAUAGAGCCCAAGGUGGAGUUUGAUGCUGACGAAGUGGAGGUGGAGGUUGGUGAGCAGCUACAGCAGUACGCUGCCCCACUGAGCCUGGCCCACAUGGAGGAGGGUUUGCCCAGUGGCCAGGCCGUGGACUUGGCUUACAGUAACUUCCAUGUAAAGCAAUUCCUGGAGGCCCUCCUGCGCAACAGUGCUGUCCAGGGCAAAGAUGAUGUGGACCAUCACUUUUCUCGGAGUCUGGAGGGAAGACCAGAUGGCAUGGGAGGAGCCAUGACUUCCAUGAUGGAUGUCCAGGCCGACUGGUACGGGGAGGACUCAGGUGACGUGCUGGUGGUCCCCAUCAAGCUCCACAAGUGUCCUUUCUGCCCCUACACUGCCAAACAGAAGGGCAUCCUUAAGCGUCACAUCCGCUCACACACGGGCGAGCGGCCCUACCCCUGUGAGACCUGUGGCAAGAGGUUCACUCGACAGGAGCAUCUGCGGAGCCAUGCCCUGAGCGUCCACAGAUCCAACCGUCCAAUCAUCUGCAAGGGCUGCAGAAGAACCUUCACGAGUCACCUGUCACAGGGGCUGAGGCGCUUUGGGCUGUGUGACAGCUGCACCUGCGUUACAGACGCACAUGAAGACGAGGACGAUUUGAUGCCCAUCAACCUUAGCCUGGUGGAGGCUUCCUCCGAGAGCCAAGAAAAGAGCGACACGGACAGUGACUGGCCAAUCUACGUGGAGUCGGGGGAGGAGAACGACCCUGCUGGAGACGAUUCCGACGACAGGCCACAAAUGCGGCCCAACCUAACAGAUCGAGAGACACUCAUGUAGCAGUACCUUGGUGGGAAAGAGAUUUUAGAAUUUGUCGUCGCUCAUUCUGUGGUUGAAAGCCACCAUUUGUCCAAUUUUGUGGAACCCUGAGAGGAACAUCGUUUUCACUGUUAACGUAUUUGCAUUUUUGUUUAACUACAUAGUAGAGGUUCGAUUUUGUGGCUCAAAGGACGAAUGACUUUUUAGUAUGGCGCCCUUGGUUUGCUGAUGGCUUAACUGUCCCGAAUUCCGAGUGAAUUGGGGCUGGCCCUCAGGCUCCCCGCUCCUCCCGUCGUGCACCCGAACUCUGGUUAGGAGAAGGAGAAGAACACCUCCAUGCUUGUUUUUAGAUUGUCUCAGUCUUCUGCAUUCCUUUGUCGUCAUCUUCUGUCCUCUGGAAAGGUGGGCAAGAAAAUAUUUAAGUUUUGAGAUCAGUCUUACCUCUGCCUAACUUUUCCUAUCGAUUUCCAUAUUCUAAUUUUCUGAAGUAUUUCAGAGAAAGCUUUGUUGACAUAAGGCAGGCAGGGCUGCCUAACACACGAUUGUAAAGGGCACUUUCUAAAUCUGAGACUGCAGUUUUCAAAGCCGGGGGUAUGCACGUGCAGGCAAGUGUGGAGACGAGCUAAAAGCCUCGUCGUGGCACUUAGACUCACCCUGUUGAAUUACAUUGUAAGUUAGCCCCGGGAGGAGACCUGGGAGCGCAGGUCUGGAUGGCUUUCCUGCUUAGUUUGGUAUUUGACGAUUCUAUACCCACCAAUAACCUGUUGUGUGCUCAUAAAGCAUAUGGUCUGGGCAAAACUAAAAAUUCUCUCCUGCUUUUUCAAGCCAUUUGCAAAGGCUGUUGCUGUGUAACCUGGAAAUGUAGCUACCACUGACAUUCUUUUACUUAGUUUCUAGAGAGAAUUUUAAUUGGAGGGAAAAUGUAAGCCCAUAUAAACAAGUUAUGUUUGUACAUUUCUUACCUUUUAAAAGAUCCUCUGGAAGGAAAGGGAAGUUUAGUAGAACAGGUUUUUAAAACAAGUUUGCUUUUCACCCACUUAGCAGCUGUACAAUUACUCUCACAAAAGGCUGCAUUUCUUUAAAGGGCUAAAGAGCAGGAAAUGUUACAAUUAAAAAUAUUCAAGGUGUCCUGGCUGGUGUGGCUCAC